UUUGUGUUUCCGCGAGUCACGUGAAAAAUAACCUACCAAAACUUUAACUGCCCAGUUUUAAAGUUAUUACAAUAAAGGCGUUUGUUACGAGAAAUACGGUAAUCACCUGGAUGACGUAAUUCAACUAACAGCAUCACGACCGAAACAACCAGUACACUGGGAGGGAGAUAUUGCCCCUUUAAGAAAAGGGACGCGUUGUACAAAUAAAACAACCAACUUAAUGGAUUUCUUGGAGAAUUAACGGAAAUAUACCGUUUCGGAACCAUGGAUGCAAAUGGUGCGUACUGAAAAGAAGUUAGACAAAUUUUCUUAUUGAAAAGAACAGGAAUAGGGAGCUUCUGCUGGUUAAACAUGGUGGCCGCUGUGGACGAAAACUAAAAGAGGGUUUUAAAAUAUUUAAGAAAAGCCGUUUUCGCUUUGAAGGGAAAUGCUGCAACUGCCGGUACGGGCAUCGGAGACCUGCGCCGUGGGAAUGGGAUCGUAGAUUUUUUUUUUUUUUGCAGGUCAUGUGUUAAUCAGCUCAGAAGCAAUACGUCCAUCCCGCUUAGAAAGUUGAAAAUCCAAGUUUUUUCUUCUCCUCCGAAGCAGCACGGCGACUGGAUUCGAGGAUCGCCGCAUUGAGGAUAAACGAGCGCCGCGGCUGAAUGAAGAAUGCCAACAGAGACGCUUCGGAACCCGGAUCGCCCUCUCCAGCACGCCGCUCCGGAGCCCCGCAGCACGAUCGUUAACUUGUUGCCGGUGUGUUAUGAAUGGCAAUAGCCGCUGCAGACCCGACGAGUAGCCGAGAAGCACACGAUGUAGCGAAAUCACAAAGAUUUUCCAAAAAAUGUUGCUCGUUACACGUAAACUGCCACAUUUCUUAACCACAUUAGGGAAACCGACGCUGGAAACGUGGAUGGUGACCGAAACAUGAAGUAUCGAGUUAAAAGGAAACGGAUCCGGUGUUGAUGGCACGCAUAACGUAAAGAUUUUUAAAGGACCUCAUAGUUAUUAUAGGGAUACCAAAUUGCACGCCAUUCAACCAUAAUAGCCCUUAGAAGACUUUCAUUACAUGGGGACUUGCCUGACAUGCCAAGGAAGGAGUUACCAUUGCCAGAGGGUUGGGAAGAAGCCCGUGAUUUUGAUGGGAAAGUGUAUUACAUUGAUCACGUCAAUCAUACUACAAGCUGGAUUGACCCGAGGGACAGGCAGACCAAGCCUUUGACGUUUGCUGACUGCAUCGGGGAUGAGCUCCCCAUCGGCUGGGAGGAGGCCUUUGACCCCCACAUCGGCCCCUACUAUGUGGAUCAUAACACCAAGCGCACGCAGGUGGAGGACCCCCGUGUGCAGUGGCAGCGGGAGCAGGAGCGCAUGCUCAGGGAGUACCUGGGGGUUGCGCAGCAGGCGCUGACCACACAGCGGGAGACAUGCCAGGUCAAGGAACAGCGCCUCCAGCUGGCCCAGCAAGAGUACCGGCAGCUGAGCGAUGUGUGGCGGGGCAGGUCCGCCUCCCAGAGCAGCUUGAACUCCAGGUCCUCGUCCAGCAGCAAGUAUGACCCAGAGAUACUCAAGGCAGAGAUCGUGACCGCCAAGAGCCGGGUAAAUAAGCUGAAGCGGGAUCUCGCCUUUAUGAAGCAAGAGCUGCGUUAUAAGGAACAGGGUUUCGAGACGCUCCGAGAGAUUGACCACAAGGUGUCCAGCGCCCCCUAUGGCUACAAGCUGCACGAGGCCCAGGCCAUUCUGAGCGAGGUGAAGUCCAUCAAAGACGCCAUCAGCGCAGGCGAGAAGGAGAAACGGGAGCUGAUGCAGAAACUGGCUGUUCUGAAGGAUGGCUUCCUGUUCGACUCGGGGUCCCAGAUGGACUUGUGGGCCAGUAGCUCCUUGGCCGACUCCAACCUCUCCAUCCCCCGUCUUUACUCGGAUGCCGAAUCCCAGACCGACCUGCCUGCAGAGUUUGCUAUGAACAGCAGCAACACGCUGGCAGAGAAAGUUCGUCUGAGUCUGAAGUAUGAAGAGGCCAAGAGACGGAUUGCCAACAUCGAGGUGCAGAUCGCCAAGCUGGACAGCGAGGCGUGGCCAGGUCUCCUGGACCCGGAGCGGGAUCGGCUGAUCCUAAUCAACGAGAAGGAGGAGCUCUUGAGGGAGCUGGAGUACGCCAAGCCCAGGAAGCGGGUCCCGGGAGAUGCCGAGAAGAUAGAGACGGAGAAGAAGAGGCUGGAGCAGGAUCUGCAGGUGGCCCGGGACAGCCAGAGCAAGGCCCUAACUGAGAGGUUACGGUUACACUCCCGGAGAAACAAACUAGUCCGAGAGCUGGAAGAAAUGGUUCGGGUUGCCUCUUCCCUACAUAGCCAGCUGAAAAGCCUGUCUGCCAGCACGCUCUCCUGCUCCUCCGGCAGCAGCCGGGGCUCCUUGACGUCUAGUCGGGGCUCUCUGGCUGCCUCCAGCCUGGGGUCGUCGUCACCCAGCCUGACUGACCUCUACCUGGACCCGCCCGAGCUGGGGGACCCAGACCUCCGGCAGAAGCUGGACACUCUUCUGCAGGACAGUGUGGCCGGAGGGUACCGACCAUCCAGUUCCAUCCCCACCAUCCAUGAGAACGAGGUGGUGGGGGCGGCAGGCGGAGGCGGUGGCGGAGCCCAGCGGCUGCAGGCCCUCCGGCUGUCGGAGACGCCGCGCUCGUCAGGCUCGCUCUCUCCCCGGUCCUCGCUGUCCUCGCUGUCGCCCCCCUGCUCCCCGCUGGUCGCUGACUCCAGCUUCCUGUCUGGGGACGCCUUCCUGGGCCUAGCUGGGACCGGUCUGGACACCGAGUUACAGAGCCGGCUGACGGAGCUUGCCCUGGGAACUGACGAUGGGGACGCUUCGCGCCAGCGCCCCGCCGGGGCCAAGCGGGACGUGGCAGCUGCUGGUGCUGAGACCUCUAAAGAUUCAGUUACGCAGACAAGGGGGGGCAUGGCCGGGCUGAGGAACGCCGGCGUGUCGUCCGCCGUCUCUGACGAAUCGGUGGCAGGGGACAGUGGCGUUUACGAGCCAACCGAGAAGAGGCCCGGCCAUCUGGUCGAGCUGCCCACCUACGAUGAGGCAGGACACCCGGGCUCAGCACAGGUCAGGCUGGGCCUUAGGUAUGAGGCGAAAGAGCGGAGCUUCACGGUGGCCGUCAUGCAGCUGGCCAACUGCGGGGCCCUGGCUCCGCCGGCCGAAUGCAACAUGUACGUCCGCGUAGCCGUGCUGCCCUGCUCGGAGACCACCAGGUGCCUCUUCCGCACCCGGGGGGUGCAGCCGCAGGAUGCGGCGGAGCUGAACGAAGUGUUCAGUGUGCAGGGCUCCCAUGGUGCUUUGAGGCAGAAGACGCUACGCGUUGACGUCUGCUUCAUGAACACAUCCGGCAGGGAGGAGUGCCUGGCUGGGGCUCAGAUAAGUUUGGCUGAAAUCAGCAGCUCUGGGGAACUCGCCACAAAGUGGUACAACCUUCUCAACUACAGCUACCUGGCAGAGAUCGACACCAAGCACCAGGAGACGGAGUUUGCCGUCGGGGAAGGGAGGAGCUGUCCCUCAGCCACGGAGCCCAGCACCACAGAAGGAACCUGGAACAAUGUUGAGGGCUCGCUGAAGCUAAACUGGCAUGGCAUCUCCCUGGAAGGCGAUGUUUUUGAGGAACCAGAAACGAGCGAUGUGGACGAAGGAGAGGAAGGACUGGAGCAGGAUGAGGAGGUGCUGCUGGAGGAAGAGGAGGAGCUAUACCCCGAAUCCAGCCAAUGGGAGGCAGAGGGGGAGGCGGCAAACCAGUUUCAGGCGGGAGCAAAGACAGAACGGGUUAAUAAGGAAACGAGUACAGAGGGUCUGUUUAAUUCGGCCUCGGUGGUGCGGCCCAAGGAGCGGCGACUUGCGGUACCGCGGCAAGCCGCCUUCGUGAGGGGGAACACGAUCAUCCGCUCGAAGACCUUCUCCCCCGGGCCACAGAGCCAGUACAUCUGCAGGAUUAACCGCAGCGACAGCGACAGCUCCACCCUGUCCAAGAAGUCCCCCUUCGUCCGGAACUCGGCGGAGAGGCGCAGUGUGCGGCUGAAGAAGCCUCCCCUGCCGGUGAAGGGUUUGGAUGGGCUGCUUCGCACUUCCCUGGACCUGGAACUGGACCUGCAGGCGUCUCGGACCCGCCACUCCCGCCUGGGUCAGGAGCUGCGUGUGCUGCGGCAGCUGAGCAUGCAGCUGGAGGACGCGCGCAUGCGUGGCUGCAGUCGGCUGCCUGCCUGGGUGCAGGAGGAUGAGCGUCUGCAGCUGCUGCUGAAGCAGGUGGAGAAGCAGACCCAGGAAGAGCAGCAGCAGGAGCAGAGGGUGGACAGGAUGAUGCGGACAGCUGUGAAGGACGUCAGCAAGAUCCGCAGCCAGAGUUGCAAGGAGGUGCCUGAGACACAGUCCUUCAGAGAGAAGAUGGCUUUCUUCACUCGAGCGAAGAUCCACAUCCCUGAUCUCCCGGCGGACGACGUCUAGAACGUCUUAAGUAUUCUGAAGUCUGAACUGCUGUUUCCAAGGAGAUGAGACUGACUUCUGGUGGUGUUAUGAAGAAAUGUUUAAAAAAAAAAAAAAUAUGGAAAACGUCACAUUUUUAAACACUGGGCUGUAGAUUUUUUUAGUUGAUAAUCUGUAUAGUUUUGUCAUUGAUAGCAACUGGAACCCUUUUUUUUUGCUCAUUGUAGCAUUAUUUUUCUGUUACUGAUUAAUGUAUUAUUUUAGGUAUAUUAUGUAUUAGCAUAUUCACAGGCAGUGAUUUGAAUUGGAAGUACGAACUGUUGCUGUUUUUAACAGGAAGGAAACUCUUCCUUCGAAGAUGUGAAUACGAACGUACAAGGUACUUUUGGCACGCGGAGGACCAGGCUUUGGAACUCCUCUGCGUGGAGUCAUUUGGGGAUCGGGUUGGGGAGGGGGGGGGACUAGCCGGCCGAGAGAGACAACUCCCCGGAACAGCACCGGUGCACGCGGUCGGGCUGGUAGCAUUACGGAGGCGCAGCACUUAGCGUGGCUAACUCUCAGGUAACACAUAGAGACGCUCGUGCACUUUAAAAGCUAGCUUGGAAAUAGUGGCUCCGAUGUAAUCCGGAAAACGUCCGUUUCUCCACAUUCUUCACGCACUCGGGCAAGUAAAUUAUAACCGUGAAAGAACGAAACUCUGUGUCAUGCACAAGGUCAUUCCUGAAAUAUAAUCUAAACCUUAUUUUGGAUCUGAAUCUUGAAUCUGUUUAAGUGAUUCAAUAUUUUUAGGGAAUAUUUGCCCUGUACCAGGAAUAUUUAGCUAUUUAAAUACCCGCAUAUUAUUUUUGAAUGAAGUGUAAUGAGUUAACCAGAAAAUGUUACACCAAAAACUGGAAACUAGACACUAUGGAUCCUCUUGCUAUGAGAUCGAUGAGGAUUCAGGUUACUGUAGUGCGGUCCCUGGAGUCCAAAUCUAAUAGGCUACGUAAUAAACCCAACGAUCGAGGGUUUCCAAGGAGUCUGAGAAGAACAGUGUUUUCAGGAAAGACACGGAUAACGAGAUAAUAUGUCCUCACAAAGUGAAUUUGACAAGUGUAAAAAAAAUGGAUCUGGAUAUUAGAGCUCUCAACAGCCUCACAAACACAACAAUGUGUAGACUUAGCUAAACGUGUUGCACUUAUGUUUUACCGUGUCGUAUAAUCGGCGGCGUUUCUGAUGAUUUUAAUAUGUAACUGGAUCAAGGGCCAGGGAUUGAAACUGAAACGCUAAAUUAGGACGUCUGAACUACGGGGAACGAUGGAUAAACAUUUAAUAAUGCAUGACAGUCACAAGCUCAUGUAAUGAAUCUUCCUGGUGUCUCAAUUUUGUAUUUUUUUUGUAAGCGGAUAAUGGUGGAAACAUUUCAUUGGUAGACUUCAAACAAGUGUAUAACCAGCGGUCGAGUAUUUUAGCCAAUGCACUUAAUUCUAACGCACGAGAAUGAUUAGGAUUCACUGGUAUAUAUAUAUAUAUUUUAUAAUUUUAUUUUUUAUAGGAUCCGGAAACAACAGCACAUUUCUAAUACUGUUUGUGACCUACCUUUGGUUUUCCAUUAAACUGAUUUAAAGUUGUUAAAGUACCCAGAAAGACUAUUGCUGGUCGGUUCAUGACGGGAGUGUUUUGAAAGAACUCCAUGCCUAAUGCACAUUUUACUGGAGUUCAGCAGAUGUAAGUUUGUGUACACAGGUAUUAAGACUUGGUGUGGAACACAGUUCACGUCACGUUCUUUAAACCUCUGUCACAGACGUGUGUUUGUCUCCUGGCACCGUUCCUAGGAAACUGGUUUCCUACGUCCAUGUUCUCGUAGCUGAUUGACUAACGCCGGGUCUGUUUUUUCCCCCCAUUAUUCCCAAGUAGGGUGUGUCUGUACUCUUGCAGCGACACCUACAGGACAUCCGUCAAUGUGUUCGUGUAUAUAUGUGGCCCAUUUCAAGUAUGUUUACUAAGAAUACAGGUACACCUUUAACAAUACGCUGAUUAUCUUGCUGUCAGUGUCCCAUUUUAUGUUUCUAAGUGACUUUCUGUGGCCGUCUGUCUCUAUGGUGAUUUACAUCAAUAAAAACUGACAUGGGUUGUACAUUUCCAGAAUGAUUAUAACAACGCUGAAAGAUGUCAUAGAACCAGUGCCGAUGUUAUAAAUCCAUAUGAUUCAAAUGCAAAAUAGACAAACACAGUAUAUUGUCUUUUACUGUUACCUUUAAAAAGCCCCAUGAUUUGAGUCUUGCACGGAUCCAGUGCAGAAACUGCUGUUUACCUUAAAGGCUCGUGCGCUGGCACCUGGAAAAUCGAGGCAUUUCGAAGUGUAAAGAUUCCCGAUCCAAUGGAAAAAUGCACAAAGAAACCAUUGUUAAGUUUCUAUUUUAUUUUUGAAAUUGGAUUUAUGUACUACAUAUUUCGUCCUUAAAAUACUGGCCAUUUUAGGUUUAAAGGUCCUGCUGUAAAUCUCCGUAUGUCUCCUGUAUCGAGUCUCCGUUGUGUAAAAUGUUUUUGAUGAAGGUAAACUUAAAAGUCGUGAAUGAGAUGUUGGCUCCAUAGUAAUCGCUAUUUUACCCAUGAUUUCAACAUCGGGUUGUUUUCCUUAGACGCCUGUUAGUGUUCGGGGGGCAGGGGGAGGAAGUUGUUUCUUCAGUUUUUGUUCAUCAUCAUUUCCAGGAUCGAGUUUAUAAAAUGUGUCUUGAAUGCGAUUGACUAAGACACCUUCGCACCAGCUUUAAGUGAUUAAUAUGAAAGAAUUUAUCCUGCUUUAUCAUAUUAAACCGAUUACCAAAUUAACCGCAAACAUUCCCUCGGCAUGAGAAAUUGCUGGCAAUGUAUUUUGCGCAUGUUAAGAGGACAAACUGGUUAGUUUUGCAGAACAGAAAAGUGAGCGGUAUACAAGUAACGCUUAUUUCGCUCGUCAGCAGAACACACUGUUUAUGUCUGUUUAGAUCUGACCUGUUCUUUUGGCAAAAUGAUUAUUUUUUUUAUUCAGUUGGUGCUGGAACUGGAAUUUAUAAAGGAAGUUUUAUGUUAAGAUAUUCAGUGUUUGGAUUAAAUCGGAUUUUUGGAAAUAUGCAAUUGACUGACUAGGUGCUUUUUACACACAAUUUAAUGCUGAAAUACACUAGGCUGUUAAGAUGCAGAGAUACAUACUAAGAAAUUACACGCCAUGGAUUCAGUUAAACCAAUGUAAUCCCCCCUGGUGUCUGAUAAUUUGUUUUCGUGUAGGAUUUUAAUUAAUGUUUGUUUUGUUAAGGCAAGUCACGUUUUGUUUGAUUUUUAAUCUACCAAAUUAGAAUUGUGAUUUUUCUUUUUUCUGUAACAUACACUUUCUUUUUUUCGCCGCACUUUGUGAAUAGGGUGUUACUGUUUAUUUUCCCGUAUGAAACUUCUGAAAACUGUGAAUUUUAAUACUGAUUAUGUCGACCAGCAUUGUAAAUACUUCAUCAGCACAAUAACUUUUUUUUCUAGUUUCGCAACAAAUACAUAGUUUUUCUUCAACGCAA